AUGUCACGAACAUCAAUAAUAGCUGCAUGUAUAUUAAGUGGACAGCCACAAUUUCUUAAUAUGAUUCCUAUUAUUGGUUUUACUAAUGUUUUUCUAUUUGUUAAUGGAUUAUAUUCAUAUAUAUCAAUAAUACCAGCUUAUAAUGAUAAAUGUUGUCGAUCUAUAUUACAAUGGUUGGCUAGAUCACAAUUUUCAAUGCGAAAAACAAGAAAUCAAUCGAUUAGAUUUCAUUAUUAUCAAAUACGAAUAUGGCAAAAAUCAUUAAAAUCCAAUCUAUUCAUACAAAUGAUAAUCAAUAAUAAAAUUGCAGCAAUGUGUGCAUGUGUAUUCUAUAGUAGACAAGACAAAAUGAAUUUAAGCAAUACUUUAUUCAUAUUUAUGAUGAUAUGUUCGGUUUUAUCAGCAAAUCUUGUAUAUUAUCAAAUAGCAAAACUUCCCACAUACAAUACAAAUUGUAUACGUAAUUUGUUACGAUGGUUAGCACGUUUACAAUGGUCAACAAAAUUUGAAUGGAAAGGAAAACGAAAAAUAUUCAUUUAUAAAAUUCAACAAAUUCAAUGGCGUCAUUCAUUAAAAUCAAAUCUAUUCAUACAGACAUUAACUAAUAAUAAAUUUGGUUUUACAUGUGGUCAUUUAUUUUUUAUAACAAAAUAUAAAUUUAUUGAAUUAAUUUUGUUAAAUAUACCAUUAAUUUUAAUGCUUUAUAAACAUGUUUAUCGUUCAACAAUUUUAAUUAAUUAA